GCACCUUCCUUCAAUCCGUCUCCUGUACCGAUACCACUUUCCCGUCCCCUUCAAUUUCCUUCCCUACCCUAUAAAUACCCCCGUCCCUGGAGACUCACCACAAAGCACAGAUACAAACACUAACGCCAAGAACCCACAAAACAAUGGCUUCUCUUUAUCGAUCGUUUGCCUUCUUGGCUACGUUUUAUUUCCUUUCUGUCUGUUUAGCCAUAGACAUGUCCAUAAUUGAUUACAACUUAAAGCAUGGCCAAGUCCCAGAAAGAACAGAGGCGGAGACAUUAAGACUCUACGAGAUGUGGCUAGUCAAAUACGGGAAAGCAUAUAAUGCUUUGGGUGAAAAAGAAAGAAGAUUUGAAAUUUUCAAGGAUAAUCUUAAAUUCGUUGACCAACACAACUCGGUUGGGAACCCAAGUUAUAAACUUGGGUUAAACAAGUUUGCGGAUUUGAGUAAUGAGGAGUACCGGGCGGCUUAUUUGGGCACGAGGAUGGAUGGAAAGAGAAGGUUGUUGGGUGGACCAAAGAGUGCGAGGUAUUUGUUUAAGGACUGUGAUGAUUUGCCGGAGAGUGUUGAUUGGAGAGAAAAAGGAGCCGUUGCCCCUGUUAAAGAUCAAGGCCAGUGUGGGAGUUGCUGGGCAUUCUCAACUGUUGGUGCUGUGGAGGGGAUAAACCAGAUUGUGACUGGUAACCUGACAUCUCUGUCAGAACAGGAGUUGGUGGAUUGCGAUAAAGUAUAUAACCAAGGAUGCAAUGGAGGUCUCAUGGACUAUGCCUUUGAAUUUAUUAUGAAGAAUGGUGGUAUUGAUACCGAAGAAGAUUACCCCUACAAGGCUGUUGAUAGCAUGUGUGAUCCAAACAGGAAAAAUGCUAGAGUUGUUACAAUUGAUGGAUACGAAGACGUUCCCCAAAAUGAUGAGAAGUCACUGAGAAAGGCUGUGGCAAAUCAACCUGUCAGUGUUGCCAUUGAAGCUGGUGGAAGGGCUUUCCAACUCUACCAGUCUGGUGUUUUUACUGGUUCAUGUGGAACACAGCUAGACCAUGGUGUGGUUGUUGUUGGGUAUGGUACAGAAAAUGGCGUAGAUUACUGGGUCGUCAGGAACUCAUGGGGUCCUGCAUGGGGAGAGAAUGGGUACAUCAGGAUGGAGCGUAAUGUUGCCAGCACGGAAACUGGCAAGUGUGGAAUAGCAAUGGAAGCUUCGUAUCCCACCAAGAAGGGUGCAAACCCCCCAAAUCCUGGUCCUUCCCCUCCAUCUCCAGUGAACCCUUCUCCUCCACCUUCCUCAGAGUGUGAUGAUUACUACUCAUGCCCUGCUGGAAGCACAUGCUGCUGCAUAUAUCCGUAUGGUGACUAUUGCUUUGGAUGGGGUUGCUGCCCUCUGGAGUCCGCAACCUGCUGUGAUGACCAUAACAGCUGCUGUCCUCACGAGUAUCCUGUCUGUGACCUUGAAGCUGGAACCUGCCGAAUGAGCAAGAACAAUCCAUUUGGUGUUAAGGCAUUGACUCGAGCGCCUGCUAGAAUUGCUCAGUCUCACCAGCUUGGUGGUAAGAGGCCAGCUGGUAGGAGACUUGGCAUUGUUUGAGAUAUUUCGAUGUUGUCAAGGGUCUACAGGAGUGGAGAUUUCUGUCUUCAAGGAGGAAAUGCUUCUCUUUGCCCGAACUCACAAGUGCAUGUUUGGCCUCUCUUUAGUCCACAAAGAAACUUGUCAUCUAGUUUUUCUUCAUUUGUAAAUACCUUCAAUGCCUGCUGCUGAAGCAGGCUAAAAGCUUAUGAUUCCUCCAUUUGUAAUUAUCAUCAUCAGCUAUUGAUUCCCUAAAGUUCUGAUUUUCGUUUA